CCUGCUGAGGGGCGUGAGUCCCGUCAUUGUUCCUCCCCAGAGGUGACCGGACUUUUAAUCUGGAAUUCUCACAGGGAAUACAGAAAUUAUUAUUCAUUUCAAAUUUCGCCAAAACUGAGAUAUGUGCGGAACCAACUCUCAUCUGGAAAACACAGGUUUGUCCCGAAGCUCUUUACGCACCGCUUUUUACUCGACUGUACGGCAGCGUGUAGGAAACACAAACAACAUGCGGAGUGUUUAUCAUUGUGUUCAGGUGUUUUUAAAGGCUGCCAGCUAUGUAAAAAAAACAUAUGACACUUUUAUGGAAAAAGGUUGUGGACGCGUAAACCAGCUGGGAGGCACGUUCCUAAACGGCAGACCUCUCCCAGAGUCCAAACGGAGAAAGAUGAUAGAGAUGGCCAUGGAGGGAGUGCGACCAAGUCAGAUUUCCAGGAUACUGAGGGUAAAUACAAUAUUAAAGUCACAUUUUUAAACUCCGUCCAGUUUUUGGCGGUAAAAACAGUUUGGCCUCCUGGAGCCCAAGACCAUCGGAGGGAGCCGACCUCGACUCCUCACCCCGAGGGUCAUCUCCACUAUAGUCCAGUACAAAAGGGAAAACCCAACGAUUUUCGCCUGGGAAAUAAGAAAACGUCUCUUGACGAUAACAGCGGCGGAAGCUCGGUUGCGCAAAGUCUCCAAAGUGCCCAGCGUGUCAUCUAUAAACCGGGUUUUAAGAAAGAUCCACUUGGACCACGGGCCUAUGUGUUUGGACGUCAAUGCGCACAGCAGCGUGGGGGAAGAUCUCUCCUUCCUGAUUGAAGAGGAAGUGAAUCACGCGGAGACAGAGAGCAAUAAAGACCAGAAACGUGAAGGCGUCCAGCACAGGAACCGCACAGCGUUCACUGCUGAGCAGAGCACAGCAUUAGAGCAAGGUGACUUAUAAAGUACCGGGCUUUAUGUGUACGAGCAUAAAAUGUACACGUUCCUAUUUCCCACAUCAGAGUUUUCCCAGAGCCAGUACGCAGACAUGUACAUGAGAGAGAAGCUGUCGGCCAAGAUCAAUAUCCCCGAGGAAACUAUAAAGGUUUGGUUCUCAAACAGAAGAGCAAAGUGGAGGAGGGAAACCAAACAGAGGAGCAGAACAGGCACUACAGAUGUUCAAAAGCAGAGAGAGUUUGCUCCUGUGAAUCGAAUCGAUCGACACACUUUCACCGCCCAGCAGGUAAAGUAGGAACCAACACACCCGGCAAAGUUUUAGGACGAAAACCCUGAUGUGUUUUGUCCAAUUUGAAUUUUUAUGUUUGUUUUUUAGGCAUCGAGAGUCUCUUGUCAGGAUGCAUCGUUUCCCUCUUUCUCUACAUGUAACACAGUUACUCAGAGACUGCAAAAUGGCUCGAUUUCUGCAGAUGAAGCAGGUAAAAAUAUAGCCAAGCCAGCAGGGCCUAAUUCAGUACUACUUUAGUGCCCAGAGUACUUUCUAAAAAGUUAUACAGUAAUGCGGUGAAAGGGUUAGCUAAAAAAUAUGCUAUAGGUAGCACAAGUAAUGUGCUACCUAUAGCAAAAAUAGCUACAAAUGACCAAAACGAAUAGUUGAAUUGAAUGUAAAAUGGCUACAACUAAGGUUCACCUGGUGGUUAGUUU